CUAAUUACAGCACAUUGCAAAUUUGCUACAACUAUUUGCUUGUCUUCUCAGCCACCGAGAUCAUUGGCACAUUGUUGGAACAUAAUAGUAUCAUAGGAUAUUCAUCCCUGUUUUAUUGUUUUUUCUUUCUUUCUCUCUCCAUAUCCUUUUCCCGGGUUCUUUUUCACGCCGUAAAAGUUGUCGUCAAUUUGGUGUUUUUACCAAAAACACACCCUUUAUUCGUUUCCGUAUUACCAAACUCCUCAAUACCAUUCAAAAUGGCUGCAGAAGUUGAAGCAGCGUUUAAGGUUGCCGGGCCGGCAUUGAUUUUUGAAGUGUGAUUUCGAACGUGGAUGUGAUCCGUUCUGUUCUGUUCUUUCUCUCUGUGUUGGAAUUAUUAUUAUCAACGUUGAUUUGGUUUUGUGUCCCUUUUGUUUAGUGGGUUUUGAAAAUCCUUAUGUGUUAGACUCAGUCCUGUUUGAGAGAGAAGUUGACACUUGACAACGUCAGACACGCGCUUAAUUGGUUGUUGUCCUUUGAGCUGGUUUCUUCUUCAGUGUGGUUUCAUUGCCAUGGCUACUAAAUUCAAGCGUGUAUCCUCCAUUCGGAAGAUCACACAUCUGAGCAAUGAUAUGGAUCAGGAGGGUGCGAAUGGGGGGAUUGCUACUACCUACUCAGUUCACAUUCCUCCAACACCUGAUAACCAGCCUAUGGAGAUUUCGCUGGAGAGGUCGAAUUCUCGGAGAGUGGAGGACCAAUACGCUUCGAGUUCUUUGUUCACAGGUGGUUUUAAUCAGCUCACACGUGCUCAUUUGAAGGACAAGGUGAUCGAGUCAGAAUCCAGCCACCCCCAGAUGGCUGGUGCAAAAGGGUCCUCUUGUGCAGUACCUGGGUGUGAUAGAAGUCUCAUGACUAAUGAAAGAGGGCUGGAUGUGGUUCCUUGUGAGUGUGAUUACAAGAUUUGUAAGGAUUGUUAUAUGGAUGCUUUGAGGGCUGGUGAGGGGAUUUGCCCUGGUUGUAAGAAGCCUUACAAGGAGGACCCUGAGCAUGAGCUGCAAGAUGUUGCCAACUCACAGGCACUGCCUUUGCCUGCGCCUCCUGGUGCUGCUCAUGGGGUUAAUAAGAUGGACAAAAGUUUGUCGUUCCCGAGGAGCCAGAGUAAUGAGUUUGAUCAUGCUAAGUGGUUGUUUGAAACCAAGGGGAGCUAUGGAUAUGGGAAUGCUAUGUGGCCUAAUAAAGAAGAGGAGCCUGAUGCCAGUUCUGGUUUUGGCUCUGAUUGGAUGGAGGGUGACCCUAAUGUGUUCAAGGAGAAGCAGUGGAAGCCCUUGACCCGCAAAUUGAGUAUUUCUGCUGCAAUUCUCAGUCCUUAUCGGCUGAUGAUAUUAGUUCGGCUAGUGGUUCUAGUUUUGUUCCUAAAGUGGAGGGUCGAAAACCCCAAUGAGGAUGCAGUCUGGCUGUGGGGAAUGUCUGUGGUUUGUGAAAUCUGGUUUGCCUUCUCCUGGCUGCUUGACCAGCUUCCUAAGCUCUUCCCCGUAAACCGUGUUGCCGAUCUUGAUGUUUUGAAAGACAAGUUUGAAACUCCUAAUCCCACCAAUCCUACUGGGAAAUCUGAUCUUCCAGGAAUAGAUAUGUUUGUCUCAACUGCUGAUCCAGAAAAAGAACCACCACUUGUUACUGCAAAUACCAUUCUCUCUAUUCUAGCUGCUGAUUAUCCUGUUGAGAAACUCUCAUGUUAUGUCUCUGACGAUGGAGGUGCACUUCUAACUUUUGAGGCCAUGGCAGAGGCUGCAGCUUUUGCCAAUAUGUGGGUUCCUUUUUGUCGGAAGCACCACAUUGAGCCCAGGAACCCAGAAUCUUAUUUUAACCUGAAGAGAGAUCCCUACAAGAACAAAGUGCGGUCUGAUUUUGUGAGGGACCGCAGGCGAGUAAAGCGUGAGUAUGACGAGUUCAAGGUACGGAUUAAUAGCCUUCCUGAUUCGAUCCGGCGCCGUUCUGAUGCAUAUAAUGCCAGAGAAGAAAUGAAGGCAAUGAAGAAGUGGAGAGAGGAUAGAAAUGAAGAACCAAUGGAAAAUUUGAAGAUUCCUAAAGCUACAUGGAUGGCUGAUACUAAGCACUGGCCUGGUACUUGGACAACUGCUGCACCGGAGCAUUCAAGGGGUGAUCAUGCAAGUAUCAUACAGGUAAUGUUACAACCCCCAAGUGAUGAACCACUGACUGGAAAAGAAUCAGAUUCAAAUGCCUUGGAUUUCAGUGAAGUUGAUAUUCGUCUUCCUAUGCUUGUCUAUGUUUCUCGUGAAAAACGACCCGGCUAUGAUCACAACAAAAAGGCAGGGGCCAUGAAUGCCUUGGUUCGAGCCUCGGCCAUAAUGUCCAAUGGCCCUUUCAUACUUAAUCUUGACUGUGACCAUUACAUAUACAACUCUGAGGCACUGAGAGAAGGAAUGUGCUUCAUGAUGGACCGCGGUGGGGACAGGCUCUGCUAUGUUCAAUUUCCUCAAAGGUUUGAAGGAAUCGACACCAAUGAUCGCUAUGCGAACCAUAACACUGUCUUCUUUGAUGUCAAUAUGCGCGCUCUUGAUGGAAUCCAAGGUCCUGUAUAUGUUGGAACAGGAUGUCUAUUUCGAAGAACUGCUCUCUAUGGCUUUGAUCCACCCCGGAUUAAAGAAGAGGGCGGUUGGUUUGGUGGGAAGGAGAAGAAGAAGAAAUCCUCAACGGUGGCCUCUGUCUCUGAGUCAUUGAGGAAUGGCAGCAUAGAGGAAGAAGAAAUGAGCAGUGAUCUUGUUCCAAAGAAAUUUGGCAACUCAAGUCUUCUUGUUGAUUCAGUAAGGGUGGCUGAGUUCCAAGGCCUACCCCUUGCUGAUGAUGAUUCAUCUAUGAAAUAUGGGCGUCCACCCGGUGCUCUAACUCUCCCUCGUGAUCCUCUUGAUGUUGCUACAGUUGCUGAGGCCAUCAAUGUCAUCUCGUGCUGGUACGAAGACAAAACUGAAUGGGGCCUUAGAGUUGGGUGGAUCUAUGGAUCAGUUACUGAGGAUGUUGUGACAGGCUACAGAAUGCACAAUAGAGGAUGGAAUUCUAUAUAUUGUGUCACCAAAAGGGAUGCCUUCCGCGGCACUGCUCCAAUCAAUCUCACAGAUAGGCUUCACCAGGUUCUUCGCUGGGCAACCGGCUCAGUUGAAAUCUUCUUUUCCCGCAACAAUGCUCUUUUUGCCAGCUCUAGAUUGAAACUUCUUCAGAGGAUUGCUUACCUUAAUGUUGGAAUUUAUCCAUUCACUUCCAUCUUCCUUAUCGUGUAUUGCUUCGUUCCUGCUCUCUCACUUUUCACUGGCCAGUUCAUUGUUCAAACCCUUCAAGUCACCUUCCUAGUUUACCUCUUGGGCAUAACCUUGACCCUUGUCAUCCUUGCUGCUUUGGAAAUCAAGUGGUCCGGCAUUGAGCUCGAAGAGUGGUGGAGGAAUGAGCAAUUCUGGUUGAUUGGAGGCACAAGUGCACACCUUGCUGCUGUGCUCCAGGGUCUGCUGAAGGUGAUGGCUGGCAUUGAGAUUUCAUUCACUUUGACAUCAAAAUCCGGCGGUGAUGACGAAAACGAUGAAUUUGCCGAUCUCUAUGUCAUCAAGUGGACAUCUCUUAUGAUACCACCAAUAACUAUCAUGAUGGUUAAUCUGAUAGCCAUUGCUGUUGCUGUUAGCAGAACUAUAUACAGCGAAGAUCGCGAAUGGAGCAGCUUGCUUGGAGGUGUGUUUUUCAGUUUUUGGGUCUUGUCUCAUUUGUAUCCCUUUGCAAAAGGGCUAAUGGGUAGAAGGGGUAGGACACCCACUAUUGUGUUUGUUUGGUCGGGGCUAAUUUCAAUUACUAUCUCACUCCUUUGGGUUGCUAUUGAUCCUCCCUCUGGCAGCAGCCAAAUUGGAGGGUCAUUCCAAUUCCCUUGAUUCUUAUACUGCUUUUAAGGAAUGAAUCUUACAUUUUUUUUGGUAGUUACCGUUCACUGUUCAACAAGCUAUUGCUUUUAAGGAAUGAAUCAUACAUUUUUUUUA